AUGGCUCGAAUAAGUAGAAGCCAACGUAUCUUCACACUUUUAACGACUCUUCCAAGUCGUUUAUGGAAGAAGUAUCCUGAACAAAUGGUUGCAUAUUCCACACUUGGAGUUGCUUCUCUUUUAAUGGGUGGAUAUAGAUUGAAACAAUAUUUUGAUGGAAGAGAUGAAAAACCAUACUAUAGAGGUUAUUAUGAUGUUGUACGCCCUUCUGAUACUAUAGCACUUGAAUGGAGGGUCCCAACAGAUUAUCCUGCUCCAUAUUUAACAAACAGAGAAAAUGUAAAUUGGAAGACAACAGAUAAAGAUUAUGGAUACAAAGCUAAAAUUUAA